GGUGAAUGACUCUCCGAAUGUACCCGAGUCAGCAGGAUGGCAUCUCUGACUGUGGCGAGGAGCCAGAGCAUUUAAGCCUGCAGGACCUCUCCAUAUUGUUCUGUCUGCCACACAACAAAACCAGGGCCUCUGCUGCAACAUACGACCAAGAGCAGCACUGGGCUGCAGACAGACGGGGGCAGGUCAGGGGGCUGUUGGUGUACAAGUCGGCCAGUCACGCAAACAUCUCUUUGCUCAUAUGGGUUGGAUUCGUCUGUGUUGUGAUAUAUCUCAAAUGAUGACCACCAACAAGGAGGCCAGACCGCUUCAUACCAUGACAACAGCUGCCCCAGAGGAAACUCAGGGUGAUGAUGAAACAAGGUCCAGACAGAAUAAAGAAGAGAAACUGAUCGUGACCGCCUGGCAAAGUAUGUCCUCAGCUCUGCGGCAGCUCAGCCUGUGUAAGGACUCCAGAGCUCCAGGCCCGGCUCAGUCUUUCCUGGCCAAGCAGCGGCAAUCCACCCAGGCUAGGAGGAGGCUCUCCCCCCGGCUGCAGCCCAGGUAGGAGCCUCCAUCUGCAGGGAGAAAUGGAGGAGUGCAGCCCACUCAUGGGCAUGAUGAAAAGCAAGAUUGUGUAAGGUGUGAAUUUCUUUAUUGAGUCAUUGUCUGUGCUCUAUUUGGUUGGCUGCUAUCACCCCCUGCUGGUCAACGUUGGAACUGAAAUGCUAUUUGUGACUUGCUGUAAUAUCUAGAAGUGUCUUUUUUUUUUUUUAAUCUGUUUUAUACCUAAAUGUGUGCUUAUCAAUAGUCACCAGAGUAUCUGCUCCAUUUCUUAUUGUAUAAUAUUUAUACAUUUAUUUUUGCGGGUGAGAUUCAAUUUCCUUCAGAACUAAUGCAAAACAAUGACUAUUCAUUUUGUCAUUAAUGUAAGACGGUGGUGUUGUUAUCUCACUCAUUUAAUUCCAUAUUUGUUUAAAUUAAGCUUUAAAAUACAACAGAUGAUACAUUAGAAAUCAUUCUAUUUAAAUGGACAUUUUAUUAAUCAAAGAAAAUAAAAUGAACAAAGAAAACUAUCACCCAGUGCACCGUUUGUUCUGUUCAAACUUUGGUUAAUCCUCUCUACUAGACUUAGAAAAAAAUAGGCAAAACAUUGAUAUUCUACAAAAUAAUGUGCAGAUAUUUUAUUCUGUAAAACACACUCUUUGAAUUUUAAUAAACAAUUGGUCUCUUUUU